AUGCGCGAUGGAUCGAGGGUGGCGGUGCAACAACUUGUCCCGGAUGACGUACAACUUCCGAAGCCGACCGAACCUUGCACCAUCUUCGGAGAGUUUAGCAACUAUCUCCCUUAUGUUUGGGUCGUUUUGUUGCCACUCUCGGACAGCUUGCAAUGUGACGUUUCCGUCAUUCCUCUUCGGCUGGAUCCCUCCACACUGGGUGACACCCACACCGAAUAA